AUGGACAGGGCGCUGUCCAGGCUCACCACCCUGGGCCUGCACCUGGAGCCCGCGAAGCCGGAGACACAUCUGAACGGCAUAGCCUGCCAACAGACCUCCGGCAUGAGCACCGGGGCCGGGUCCAAGCGGGCGAGGGGGACACCUGGGGACGCCCUCGACGACACCGCGGUGUACAUCGUGGGGGUGGCGCGCACCCCCCUGGGAUCCUUCCAGGGUGGCCUAUCCAGCCUGUCGGCCACCGAUCUAGGGGGCAUCGCCAUCCGCGCCGCCCUGGAGCGGGCGGGGGUGAGCCCCAACGACGUGGACGAGGUGUACAUGGGCAACGUGUGCAGUGCCAACCUGGGGCAGGCCCCAGCGCGCCAGGCGGCCCUCAAGGCGGGCUUGCCCUUCUCCGCCGACUGCACCACGGUGAACAAGGUGUGCAGCUCCGGGAUGAAGGCGCUGACCAUCGCCGCCGCCAGCCUGCAGCUGGGCGUGGCCCAGGUGGCGGUGGCCGGGGGCAUGGAGUCGAUGAGCAACAUCCCCUACUACGUGCCCUCCGCGCGCGGCGGCGCGCGCCUGGGCCACGCCCAGCUCGUGGACGGCAUGGUGGCCGACGGGCUGUGGGACCCGCACCACGACAUCCACAUGGGCGAGUGCGCGGAGCUGUGCGCCGAGGAGCACGGCAUCACGCGCGCCGAGCAGGACGCGCACGCGCUGGAGAGCGCGGCCCGGGCGCGCCGCGCGCAGGCCGGCGGCGUCACCGCCUGGGAGGUGGUGCCCGUGGAGGUGAAGACGCGGCGCGGGACAGCGGUCGUCUCGCAGGACGAGGCCCUGGCCAAGAUGGACCCCGAGAAGCUGGUGCGGCUGCGCCCCUCCUUCCGGCCCGAGGGCCCCGACGCGGCGCCAGGCACGAUCACGGCCGGCAACGCCUCGCCGCUGACCGACGGCGCGGCGGCGCUGGUGCUGGCCUCCGGCGCGGCGGUCGCCCGCCUGGGCCUGCGCCCGCUGGCCCAGCUGCUGGGCAGCGCCGACGCGGCGCGGGAGCCGCGCGAGUACACCACGGCGCCCUCGGCCUCGUUGCCCAAGGCACUGGCGCGCGCCGGGGUCGCCGCCGCCGACGUGGACGCCUGGGAGAUCAACGAGGCCUUCUCCGUGGUGGACCUGGUCAACCGCCGGCUGCUGGGCCUGGACCCGGAGCGCGUGAAUGCGCUGGGCGGCGCCGUGGCCCUGGGCCACCCCAUCGGCUGCUCCGGCGCGCGCGUCGUGGUCACGCUGAUCAACGCGCUGCGCAGCCGCGGCGGCACCCUGGGCGCGGCCGGCAUCUGCAACGGCGGCGGCGGGUCCACUGCCGUCGUCCUGCGCCUGAUGCCUCAGGCGGAGUGA